CAAAAUCGAGAGUGAAGCCCAGAAGCUUUGAAGGAGCUAGGGUUUGGCUUCAUCGAAGCGCUUGCUUUAAAAGCCGUCAUUGACGAAUUCCUUCUUCAUCGCAACUUGGAUUUAGCUAAAGCAGUGGUGAAGAAAAUGGGAAAGGGUGUGUUAUGGGCCACGGCAGAGGAUUUGAGUAGAAACAGAGGACGGGUUCUGUCACUGUAUCGUCAAAUACUAAGAAGUCUGAAUUCCCCAGAGUUGCCACUUAGCUUUGCUGCAAGGUUGGCGAAGAAGGCAAAGGUACGUGCAAUGUUCUGGGUUGGUUCUGAUGAACGUAGCUUGCACAACAUUGCUGACCUCAUUGAUGCUGCCGAGUACUCUCUCUCCUUUCUCAGAAAAGGAGAACUCCCUCCUCGCUACAUCACCUAAACAAAGACAUGUUCUUAUGUUGUCUUGUCUUGUUUUACAAUGUAGAUAAAAAUCUUUCUAGAGAACAGCUUAAGGGUAUGUUUUUCAUAUGUUACUUGUUAUGUGUUCUUCUGGGAGAUAAGUAAUUAAGGAGGAAGAAAUCAACAAUGAACCGAUGUCAGCCUUAUCCCAAUAAUCAAGACGGAUGCUCGAGUUUGAGUGCAAAUAAUUCUACUUAUUGCAGUUUUUAACCGAAUCUUACAAAACCAGAUGAGUCAAACUUUUGUUGGGGUGUUUUAGAAAAUCCCAAGAGCUGUGUUAGGUUCCGUAAAGAUUAAAUUCCGACGAGUAUUACAAUAAAUGUUGUUUUAGGAGUUCCUUUUCUGUUGGCUUAUUUGAAUCUUGAAACUGCCCGGCUGUAGGACACUUGAUGCUUAGGCUUAUAACACUGAGCCUACAGCAGUAACUCAUGCAAUGCAAAAACAAAACUAGUUGAAAAAGAUCAUUGAAUGGCAGUUUAUAAGCCUAAUAUGUGAAGUCUUUGGAAACUUACCGAUGCCAUUUCGGAUUAUUUCUUGAAAUUUCUUUUCCUUAUAGCAAAGUUGAUACUAUGCUGUCAACCUGAUCUCCAACUUAGCUGAGCAUACGGAGUGCCAUGGCUUGAUAUAAUGAUGUCUUAUUGUUCAAUAUUUUUGUGGCUUUUGAGGGAUUUAGAAUUAUUGUUUAACUGACUUGUUGGCCUUCUACUUCAAUCAAUUUUGACCUUUCGGAAGAUACGUUUGAUGACUGAGGAUGCGGUUUUGGAGGUUGGAUAAUCUUUUCAUUCUUAGGUAGUGUUUGGUUGGGGAGAAGUGAAAAUUAUCCUAGCCAAGUGCAGGUGGGAAUGUGAAACUCCAUGUUUGGUAGAAGCAUUUUGGUUGUCUUUGAUGUUGUUAUGCUUUGUCUAGCAUUUGAGAAAAACAAGUAAAAACCGGAUAAAAGCACUGUUUGGAGGCCCUCUGAGACCGUGGUAUUGUUGUGGAAAGCGGAUAACUCGAAAAAGCACUUCAUAUUGAAGACAACUUUAGCCCUCUUCUUUACCUCUAUUGGAGACAGAGGCAUAUAGUCAAGAGGGGUCCAAGAGAUAAGCUGGGCACAAGUGUUAGACCCCAAAAUACAACUUUUGAUAGUGUUCCAGUAACGAGAAUCUUUUAUUCUCUUCCUCAACCAUGGUGAGUAAUGCUGAAGAUGAUACUCCUUAUAAACUCUACCAGGCACUUCUACACCACUACCCUUGCUAGUUACACCAAAACCAAAUAUAGUGAAACCCAGCAGUGCUGCUAUGAGGAACUAUUCUGCAGUCCUUUUACUGUUUUCUGUCAUUCUUCAUUCAAGGACUAUUUGAGAGCUUAGUCUACGACAAAAAACUCCUACCUUGUAAAA